GACAGAAAAGUACAUGCUUGCAAAAAAACGAUUGGAUGAAUGGGGCCCACAGAUUGAUGAGAUUUUAUCUGAUGCAAAAAAUGAAAUCAGACAAAGAUUUGGAGAAAAACUUUACCAGAAAAAAGGACGCCAAGGAAGUGACUUCAAAAAAAAGUUACCGCCGGAUGGUUUUCGAGCAAUUGUGAGAUGGGGACAUAAUGGGAUUCCAACCGGACAAUGGGCUAAUAACUUUAGCUCAUACCUUGGAUGCUUGAUACGGAGGAGUGAUAAUGUGAAUCCUUAUUACGAGGCUUGGGAGCAGCCAUUUCAUGUCCUGGAGAGUAUAUAUCGAGAUUGUUGGAGAUAUUUCAACAUCGAAGACAAUCCCGUAGGGUGGGAAUUUUUAUUUGGAUACCAGGGAAAGUUCAAGCAUUCUCUUCGGGAGUGGAGACACGAGAUAAAGAAGAAAUGCUUUGAUUGUUUCACUCACAACUGGGAGAGGAUAUACAAGCGAGAUAAGAGGGUUGAGCCUGAGCACUUAGCUGCACUUAUAAUAUUGUGGGGCCAAGAGGAGCACCAGGAAAAAUGUAGGAGAAAUAAACUUAAUCGAUGGAAAAAAGAUUAUGAUCAUCAUACGGGGACUACUUCAUUUGCCCAGAUUGAGGAUCAAUUUUGUAGGACAACGAACGCUCCCUUUAUCCCACUACCAGAACUGCACAGGAGAACGAUGGUUCAAUUUAAGAAGGGGUAUGAUGACGAUGAGAAUAAAAAACAAAAGCUAGAAUUGGCCAAGAAAAUGCAGGUUAACUAAUUAUCUUAGCUCUU